UGCACAGCCCAGAACCACAGACAUAGCGAGAGAGAGAGAGAGGGGUGAAAAGGCUAACCAUGCAGUCCUCAGUACUAUCACGCUUCAGCCACCCUCUAGCAUGGAGCCCACCUGGCCACAUCCUCAACCACCACCUCUCCACCCCUCCUAACCACCCUUCUCUCACUUUCCGGCGGCGGCUACAACCCAUCUCCGCCGUAGCAUCACCACCAACACCAAGAUUACGUCGUCAGAUGACCCACUCAAUGCCUCCUGAAAAAAUAGAAGUCUUCAAGUCACUGGAGAGCUGGGCCUCCCAAUGGGUCCUACCCCUCCUCAAGCCCGUCGACCAGUGCUGGCAACCCCAGGAUUUCUUACCCGACCCGACAUUACCGUUCGACGCAUUCACCGAUGAGGUUCGGACCCUCCGAGAGAGGACAGCUGGGCUGCCCGACGAGUACUUUGUGGUGCUCGUGGGUGAUAUGAUCACGGAAGAUGCAUUGCCCACGUACCAGACCAUGAUCAACACGCUUGAUGGGGUCCGAGAUGAGACCGGGGCGAGUUUGUGCCCGUGGGCCGUAUGGACCCGGUCCUGGACUGCGGAGGAGAAGCGCCAUGGUGAUUUGCUCCGAACGUUUUUGUAUCUCUCGGGUCGGGUUGAUAUGUUGAUGGUUGAGAAAACCGUGCAGUACUUAAUUGGAUCUGGCAUGGACCCCGGGACAGAAAACAAUCCGUACUUGGGCUUCGUGUACACAUCAUUCCAAGAGCGCGCCACGUUCAUCUCUCACGGCAACACGGCGCGCCUAGCCAAGGAGAGCGGGGAUCCAGUGCUUGCGCGCAUAUGUGGAACAAUCGCAUCAGACGAAAAGCGCCACGAGAACGCCUACGCUCGGAUCGUCGAGAAGCUCCUCGAGGUGGACCCAAGUGGGGCCAUGAUAGCCAUAUCAGACAUGAUGCGGAAGAAGAUCACCAUGCCAGCCCACCUUAUGUACGAUGGUCGUGACCCAAAGCUCUUCGAGCACUUCUCUGCAGUGGCACAGAGAUUAGGGGUUUACACUGCCGAUGAUUACGCAGACAUUCUCGAAUUUUUGAUUGGACGGUGGAGAUUGGAGAAACUGGAAGAGUUGAAUGCUGAGGGAAGGCGUGCACAGGACUUCGUGUGUGGGUUAGCACCUAGGAUUAGGAAGCUGCAGGAGCGAGCCGAUGAGAGGGCGCGGAAGAUGGAGCCGCAUGGAGCGAGCUUCAGCUGGAUUUUCAAUAAAGAAGUGGCCCUGCUUUGAUCCCCAAAAUGUGUAAGCAUCAUAAUGCAUCAAGUUUUAUGUUCUGAACUAUAUGUAAUAUGUACAUGGCUUUUUCGAAUUUAGAGCCAACUUUUAAUACGGGAUCUAUAUAUUCAAAAAUAUACUUUGUCAAA